AUAUCCAUUUCAUAACAUACUGACUGAUUAGUGUCUAGUGAUUACUUUACUUCAGAUUACUUGCUCAGUAGCAGGUGGUCUCCUGCUGUUAUUUAUAGUUAUUAGUGGUGUUGAAGUGUGAGUGCAGUGAUAAAAAUCACUCGCAUUUGGUUGAAUAGUAACUUUUUGUAGGUCUUCUACCGUCAUCGCCACGAUUGCCUAAUGCGCGCCAAAACAAUUUUAUUUAGACUGGGACACUGACAAAGUUAUUAUGAAAUAUAUCAACAAUUUAUUUUUUUCGGUAAAACGAGUAAACAAUUCAGAAGUGUCAUUGCUGGGGCUUUUCACCAGAGUUCGACUUGUAGAUAGUUUUAAAAGAUCGUAUUCCAAUGAGGCCGGCAGCGCUGCAUCGGCGCCGGCGGAAACGCCCGUACCACCUCUAGUCGACUCAUUUGGACGACGUCAUAACUAUCUUCGCAUUUCAUUAACGGAAAGGUGUAAUCUACGAUGCCAGUACUGCAUGCCGGCGGAGGGCGUGCCGCUGUCGGCGCGCGGCGCGCUGCUGUCGCGCGCGGAGCUGGUGCGGCUGGCGCGCGUGUUCGUGGCGGCCGGCGUGGACAAGGUGCGGCUGACGGGCGGCGAGCCCACGCUGCGCAGCGACCUGGCCGACGUGGUGCGCGAGCUGCGCGAGCAGGCGGGCGUGCGCAGCGUGGCGCUCACCACCAACGGGCUGGUGCUGACGCGCCGCCUGCCCGCGCUGCAGCGCGCCGGCCUGGCCGCGCUCAACGUGUCGCUGGACUCGCUGCGCGCCGACCGCUACGAGCGCAUGGCGCGCCGCCCCGGACUGGCGCGCGUGCUGGCCGGCGUGGACCUGGCGCUGCAGCUCGGCUACUCGCCCGUCAAGAUCAACGUCGUGCUCAUGAAAGGUUUCAACGAUGACGAGAUUUGUGACUUCGUCGAGUACACUCGUGAGCGCGACGUUGAAGUGAGGUUCAUAGAGUUCAUGCCGUUCUCGGGCAACAAGUGGGACGACUCGAAGCUGGUGCCGUACCGCGCCGCGCUGAAGGCCGCCGCCGCGCAGCACGCGCUCGAGCCCGCUCCGCCGCGCCCCAACGACACUGCCACCGUGUGGCGCGUGCCGGGCUACCGCGGCAGCGUCGGCUUCAUCUCGUCCAUGACGCAGCACUUCUGCUCUUCCUGCAACCGUCUGCGACUCACCGCGGACGGAAACUUAAAGGUGUGCCUGUUCGGCGCGAGCGAGGUGUCGCUGCGGGACAGCGCGCGCGGCGGCGCGUCGGACGCGCAGCUGCUGGCGCUCGUGCGCGCCGCGCUGCGCAACAAGCGCGCCAGGCAUGCAGCGCGCUCGGGCGGCCCGCCCGCCCGCCAGUCCGCCGGGCUGGCCUGGGCGCCGCGCCGGGAGCCGCGCCGCGCCGCCUGCCGCGCCUACUGCUCGGCGCCGGCCGACGACGACGGCGACGGCGCCUUCUCGCACCUGGACGCGCAGGGCCGCGCGCGCAUGGUGGACGUGGGCGGCAAGCCGGUGACGGCGCGCGCGGCGCUGGCCGAGUGCCGCCUGCACGUGGGCGGGCGCCUGCUGCGCCUGCUGCGCGACGCGCGCCUGCCCAAGGGCGACGCGCUGACGGUGGCGCAGCUGGCGGGCGCGCUGGGCGCCAAGCGCACGGCCGAGCUCAUCCCGCUGUGCCACCCGCUGGCGCUGGACGUGGUGCGCGUGCGCGUGGCGCUGCCGCCGGGCGAGUGCGCGGCGGGCGGCGCCAUCACGCUGCGCUGCGAGGCGCGCGCCACGGGCCGCACGGGCGUGGAGAUGGAGGCGCUGACGGGCUGCGCGGUGGCGGCGCUGGCGCUCUACGACAUGUGCAAGUCGGUGGACCGCGACAUGCGCAUCUCGGAGCUGCGCGUGCUGCGCAAGACGGGCGGGCGCAGCGACGCGGCGCCGGCCGAGCCGCCCGCGCCGCUGCGCAAGCCGCGCGCGCCCGACGCCGGCGACGAGACAUACGCGCCCACUAAUUUCAUGCACUUCUAGCGCCCAGCCACAAUACUAUACCAUGUAGGUAGUAGCUCUAGUCUUGUAAGUUUUAUAUUGUAACUUUCAAUAUCUAUUGAGGACUCCAUUUUAAAAUGUAAAUUCUGCCAAUUAACAUUCCAACUGCACGGACAUUAUAUAGGUAUACUUGCUAAAUAAGGAUAACAAUUAAUAAAGCCUGAUUAUACUUAUAACAGUAUUGAUCUUUCUUCCUAAGUGGGAAUCUCGUAAUCUAUAUUAUUGUCACUGUGCACGCCACUGACAAUAAUUUUAAUAACACAAUAUGUAGUAAGUUGAACAUAUUAUAUUUAUAGCAAGAGUAAGGGUAGGGUAUAAAAAAAGUUAAAUAUUAAUAAUUAAUUACUUUAUUUGAUAGUACCAACUAUUAUUCUUAUGUCAUAUGAAAUCAUAAUAGUAUAAGAAAGUACAUAGACUUGAAAGAGAAUGGUUAUAAACCAUUUGUUAAAUAUUUUUUAGGGUAUUAGGGUAAUCUAUCCAAUUAAUAUUGACUUGUUACAAAAUAGAUUGUUUAUUUUUUAUUAAAUUGUAUACAAUUUUGAAA